AUGCGGGUUUUGUCUCUGUUUGGAGCCGCUGCGGCGACGUGGUCGGCGGUUGCACAUGCUCAGGACUCGUCUGAUGUGAAGAGCAUCCCCCUCCGCACCCACUCCUUGGUCCAACCAUACCUCGACUCUGACCUCCAAAGCCGCUGGUGGGACUUUGGCGGCGACACCAUCAUCCGCGCCGACAAGCACAUCCGCCUUUCCUCCGACCGACCCUCGCAGUCCGGCUGGAUCUACUCGCGCGUACCCCUUACCGCCACAAACUGGGAGAUCGAGGUCGAAUUUGACAUCAACGGCCAAGGCAACCUGUUUGGCGAUGGCUUCGCCAUGUGGGUGACUACCGAUCGCGCUCAACAAGGUCCAGUGUUUGGCAACAAGGAUAACUUUGAGGGGUUGGGUGUUUUCUUCGAUACGUACAAGAACAAUCGCCCUGGAGUUGUGUUUCCCUAUGUCAUGGCUAUGUUGGGGGAUGGACAUACGCCGUAUGAUCAGGCUCAUGACGGCAAGGCGAAUGAACUUGCUGGCUGUUCGGCACGCGGUCUCCGCAACGCAAACAUCCCCACCAAAGCCCGCGUAACCUACUUUGCCGAAAAAUCAUUGAAGGUUGAGCUUCAGUACAAAAAAGAAGACGAAUGGACACCCUGCUUUGACGUCCCCAACAUCAAGCUCCCUGGUGUCACCUAUCUCGGUUUCUCAGCCGAGACUGGUGAACUCUCCGAUAACCACGACAUCAUCAAGGUGGAAACCAAGAAUUUGUACAGUCCCAGCGGCGCUGCUGGCACACCAAAGGACUACAGCAAGAAUGCAUACAAGCCGAAUCAGUAUAAGAAGGAAGGAAGCAGUGGAGGCUGGGGAUGGUUUUUCCUCAAGUUCAUCUUGUUUGGCUUGGUGGUUGUGGGUGCUUAUGUUGGUUUCACGGUGUUGCGCGCAAACAGAAGACGAGACAGAUUCUGA